UCGUCGCUGCAUGGCUCGCAUUUGUCGAGAUUUGCGAUGCGAUAAGAGAAGAGGGAGCGUCCUCGGUCAUUACCUCUGGCAAUCGUCCACAGCAAGAAACGGAGGAGCGUCCUUCUAGGAUCGAUUAUGAGCAGACGCGAAUUCGACGCGGCAUGAAGAUUCAGGCUCAGAACCUCACCUUCAAGUAUCCGGGCGAGAGUACGCCUACGCUAAAGAACAUCAAUCUGACCAUUGAGCCGGGUGAAUCCCUAGCGAUUGUGGGAUACAAUGGGUCAGGUAAGACCACCCUACUCAAAGUUUUGAUCGGCCUCUAUGAUCACGGCGGACGACUCCUGGUCAACGACGUGCCAACGCAAUACUUCUACGACGGCCAACUUCAUCGACGCACCACGGCUUGCUUUCAAGAGUAUAGCAAGCAUUUUCUGUCCCUCCGCGACAAUGUCGCUUUAGGCCGAACCACUCUCGACAAAGCUGGUGAUUCCCGUAUCGUCGAAGCCCUCUCUCGGGCGGAGGGUAAAUCCAUCCUCGACAAGUUCGACCUGGAUACGGUCCUCAACCCGCAUGGUGUCGGAAGUGAAGCCUUGAGUGAAGAGCUGCAGCAGGAGCAAGACGAGAUGAACAAGAGGAUGGGCUCCAACGUCAAGUCACUUUCGUUGGGUCAAUGGCAAAAAGUCAGCUUGGCUAGAGGUUUCGUAGCGAGCGAACAGGCCGAUCUCGUCGUUUUCGAUGAACCUUCGGCAUCUCUGGAUCCUUCAGCUGAAAAGGCCUUGUUCAGUAAGAUUCGCUCGCUUUCUGCCAAGCGCGAUGCUGGUGACGACAAGGAGAUCGGAUCGACGACAACCAUCUACAUCUCACAUAGAUUUUCUACCGUCCGAAAUGCCGACAAGAUAGCCGUUGUGGAGAACGGAACUGUUUUGGAACAUGGUUCUCACGAUAAUCUGAUGGAGCGCAACGGAAGGUAUCGCGAGUUGUUUGAGAUCUCGCGAGAAGGCUACGUCGAUUAGCGGUGGCUCGUCAGCUAGAAGACUAGGUUUCGUGAUGAAUAUGUACAUAGAUGAUUCGUGAGUUCGAGGACAUCUUUUCGAGUGAUUGAUCGAUGUGACCGGUUUCGUUAUCGUAUUUCGAUGC